UUGUUCAAAAUGUUUAUCAAAAAAAUUCAAAGCAAAUUCGAAAUUAAAAUACUUAUGUAUUUUAUAUGGUAUAGAAUUUAUUUUUAAAAACUAUUAAUAUACAUAUAUAUAUAAUAAUUAUUAAAUGAGACUUCCUACUUAUGAAUUUCGUAAUCAUAUGUAUCUUGUUAUAACAUAAAUUUUAAACCAUGGAUCACAAAAAUUUCUAUGUGAGAUUUUUAGCAACUUAAGUCAUUUAUAUUCGUUUUUAAAAAUUUAAAAUAUAAAAUAUAAAAAAAAUCUAAAUUUUUAUUAUAUAGUUAAUGUUGUUGUUUAAUUUAUUUUAAUAAGUUAAAAUUAAAAAAAAUGAUAGAGAAUAGACUAAUUUUUAUCAAAUUUUUAUUAUUCAAAAUCAUUAAUUGUCAUAUAUAUACUUUAGCCACAUUAGGUAAUUUCGUGAUUUUUAUUUAAGGAAACAGUGAAGAACAUUUAUGAUUAAUUUAUGGUUAGUUUAAUAAAAAGUUUAUUAUAUAUUUAUAUGGACCAACAUAUUUUUCUAAGGAUUCAAAGAAUGAUUGUGGUGAUGACAUGUGGCUACAAAAAUAUGUUGUAAUGCUUCUCUUUUAAUAUAUAGGGGAUAUAGGGGAUAUUUUAGCACUCCGAUCCCGCACACACAAAUCAUAUAUAUCCAUACAUCCAUAUUCCAGCUCUGUUUCUUUUCCAUCUCUUGGUUUUUUUUUACCGGAGAUGUGUAAUAUGCUAACCUAAGAAAUGUAACAACAUUUUUACUUUUGGUAAUAAAAUUUUACUUUUAUCAAUAAAAAGUGAAAAAGGAAAAGGGUAGAAUCUACAUUGAGUUACAAAUCACAUAAAAAUGUUAAUUACAUCUUGAUAAUAUUCUAAUACUAGUUAUUUUCCAUAUGUAUGGUAGUAAUCGAUUGUGUUUCCCUUAUAUGUUCAUUAAACAUUCAAUGUCAUAAAUAUUCUUAUCUUGUUACCCUAUAAAUAAAGAAGCUCAAACGCUCGACUUUACCUCAACUAAACCAAAAGGUUAAGAAAAAAAAGAGUGAGAUCGAUCGGGAUGGCGUCUAGGUUUCUGAUCUUGUGUGUCUCGUCUCUCUUCUUCUUCUUCCUCACCGUGUCAAGUGCUCCCACGAGUGGAUAUUAUAAAGGAGAUAAGGUCUUCGACGUCAGAAACUACGGUGCUCACGGCGACGGCAAAACAGACGACGCUAUGGCGAUUACAAAGGCCUGGAACGAUGCUUGUCAAUGGAGUGGUGGAAGCUCAACGGUCUAUAUACCUCUUGGAACAUUCUAUCUCAGUCAAAUAACUCUCUCUGGUCCUUGUAAAAGUUAUAUCACUUUUAUAAUCACCGGAACCUUGUCGGCUCCUCGGGAUCCUAACCUCAUCAAACAAGAAGAAUGGAUAGAGUUCCGGUACGUAGACAAUCUCACCGUUACGGGAGGAGGGUUACUUGAUGGUCAAGGAUCUUACUCAUGGUCCCUCAAUGAUUGCGACAAAAACCCUAAGUGUCGUACACUAGCUAUCAACAUAGGGUUUGCGUUCGUUAGAUACUCGAGGAUCAACGGUCUGAGAUCUAUCAACAGCAAAAUGGGUCACUUCAACUUAUUCUCGGUCGAGGAUUUUAACAUUACAGGCGUGACCAUCACGGCUCCUGGAGAUAGCCCUAAUACCGACGGUAUCAAGAUUGGUAAAUCCAAGGAUAUGCAUAUUUACAACGUCACCAUAGCAACCGGUGACGACUGCAUCGCAAUACUUGACGGAACUACCAACUUGGAUAUCUCUAAUGUCAGGUGCGGACCAGGGCACGGGAUUAGUGUCGGAAGCCUUGGCCGGUAUAAAGAUGAGAAGAACGUCGAGGGCUUAACCGUGAGAAACUCGGUUUUCAACGGUACAACCGACGGUUUACGGAUUAAAACAUAUGCUAAGUCGGUCUCGGAGAUUUCGGUUUCGAACUUCGUGUACGACAAUAUCCAAAUGGUCAAUGUCGGAAACCCUAUCGUCAUCGAUCAACAGUAUUGUCCCCAUGGACAAUGCGAUAGUCCUGGAAAGUAUAAUUCUCAUGUUCAGAUCAGGAACGUGAAGUACAACAAAAUCUGGGGAACUUCGACGAGCCAAGCGGCUUUGAACAUGCAGUGUAGUAAAACGUUUCCUUGUCAGGACGUUGAGCUUUCAAAUAUCAACUUGAUGUACAAUGGGAGGGAUGGCUUGGCGACUGCUUUGUGUGAGAAUGUUGGUGGUUCGGUUCGUGGGAAGAUUGUGCCUUCUGGUUGUCGGAUUUGAUGAUUCAAGAUUAAGCAUCUGUUUAUUUUGGAUAUUUUAGUAAGAUCAUAGGACUAGUGUUUUA